GGGCGGGCACUUCCGGCGGGCCGCUUCCUUUUUCCGUCCGAGGGCGGCGGCGGGGAAGCGGCUGCUGCGGCCGCCAUGAGUCUGCAGUGGACGGUGGUCGCCACCUUCCUCUACGCGGAGGUCUUCCUCGUCCUCCUGCUCUGCGUCCCCUUCGUGUCCCCCACCAGAUGGCAGAAGAUCUUCAAGUCGCGGCUGGUGGGGCUGGCGGUGGCCUACGGCAACACGGCCUUCGUGGUGCUCAUCGUCAUCCUGGUGCUGCUGCUGCUGGAUGCCUAUAGGGAGACCCGUAAGUACAAUGCCUCUGAGCGGGCAGCACUCCCCACCACCCCGGGGGCUUUGGAGCACUUCCACAUGCGGCUGUUCCGUGCCCAACGCAACCUCUACUUGGCCGGCUUUGCGCUGCUGCUCUCCUUCCUGCUGCGGCGUUUGGUCACCCUGAUCUCGCAGCAAGCGUUGCUGGGGGCCUCCAGCCAAGCAUUCCGCAAGCAGGCGGAGGGAGCGAGCCAGGCAGCACGGCGCUACAUGGAGGACAACGAGGCGUUGCGCAAGCAACUGCAAGAGGCAGGAGAUGACUCAGCCCCCCCUAGCCGGGCUGAGAAUGAGAGCCUGAAGGCGAAAGUGGAGAAACUGAAGGAGGAGCUGGCAGCCAGCAAGCGCACUCUGGAGAAGGCGGAGAAUGAGGUGCAGGCCAUGCGGCGGCAGGCAGAGGGGCUGACGCGGGAGUACGACCGGCUGCUGGAGCAGCACGCACGGCUGCAGGCAGCCCACGACGGCCCCCGAGACAAAAAGGAGGAGUGAUGGGACAGCCUUCCUCCAGGACCACACCACAUCCUUUGGGACUUUGCUAUUUUUGGGAGGGGUCACUCCCCCACAAGCCAAUGGGGGACAGCAGUUCCGUUACAGAGUGACAGAGGUGGGGGCUGAGCCCCACAGUGUGGCUUUGGCCCCGUUUGGGGGUUUUUAGCCCCAUUUUGGGGGUCUGCCCCUCCCCACCUUUCUCACCCCAUAGUUUGAGCUUCAAUAAAAGUCUGGGAUUGGGAGCA